AUUGACAAGGCAACCCACAAGCUUAGCAAGAUGGCUGACUCUAGUCACAACAAUACUAUUGAACAUCAUAGAGCUGUUGAAGAAAUAAACGAAGUUGCUCUCAAGGACUUGAAUCUAACUGGAACAUUAGUUGCUAAAAAAAUUGACCCCUUGCCACUAAUUGCUGGUACCAGAAGAGCAGGUUUUGUAGACAACAGCAGCAAGGCACUUCAGAUUGACUUCAAUCAUCCUAAAGCUUACAACCAAAUCAAUGACAAUAAAAUAGAAACCGUAGAGCAGGAAACUAAAUUUGAUUCAAGCCACGAGAACUUAAAAACGGUGCUCGGUAAUUACACUCAAAUGUCCAAGAACAGUAAUCUUUCAAAGAUUGUAGUCAAUGAAUUAAAAAAAGGCAGUGAAAUAAUUGGUGAUGCUAAUGCUCCCGUCACGUCAAACAUCACAUUCACUCCAGAAAAUGACACUUUGACUGCAAUGGCAUUUAUUGCUGGUAAUUUAUUAAACAAAUUAUGGGACAUGGAAAAAGAUGCAUCUACGACUUCAACAGAAACUGAUGUUAUGAAACAUGAGAAAAUUGCUGAUUUACUGGACCUUUUCAAAGAACCACUUAAUAUAAGACAAGAAACGUUUCUCAAAAAUGCUUUAGAACAGUUGUCAACUGCUGUAGAUAAAAACAAGAAUGCUCAAAAUAUUUCCAUAUGUCAGACUAUUACUGACGUUGUACAUAACAACGACACCAGUGAGGAAGACAAAGCACAAGUGACCACAAAAGCACCUUGCAACAAGGAUAAGGACAAACCCGUAGAAGAGCCAAAAAUUAAACAUAAAAAGGCUGCCAUUAAAGCUAUAGCUAAAAUUAACAACGUUUUGGAUCUGAUUAAAAAGUUUGAAAGGGUGCAAAGUAACUUAAGUGAGUUGAAACACGGACCGAAACUUAAUUUUGAUUAUAAUCGCACGUUGCCCAAGACCAGAAAGAAGGAAGUCGACAAUUUAUUAUCUAAAGAAGAAGAAAGUUCUCUUAAUGUAUUUGGAGGUAUCUUGGAAAAAAUAACGAAACUAAUUCUGCCUAAGAAAAAUAACAAAAAAAUUGUCAACCUUAUCAGAAGUCAAAGCGUUCUUCUGAAUAAUGAAAAUAUCCUUAAAAAGAAAUUUCAGAAAAUGUACAAUAUUGACUUAACUAAUAUGACUGUCACAGCUAAAGAUAAAAUAAUUUUAGAUUACUUAACUCAAGUCGAUCGAAAUAAAGAUUGCUUAUUGAAAACUAAUUCCAACGAAAUCACCGAAUCAAUCCCAACCAUUGAAGGAAAUAUUUUACUGAAUUUAUCAGAAUUUUUCAAAAUGAAAUCCUUUUCCGACUUGAUACAACUUUUGGAACCCGAGAGAUCUAAAAACCAUCGAAGUAUUGAAUCGGAGAAGGAAACUGUUGAAACGACUACGAAGUAUAAAAAAGGUAAAGCUGCAUCAAUUAAUAAACCAGUUGACACAAAUAAAUUGAAUUCAACUAAAGAGAAACUGAAAGCACACUUAAAGACUAUCAUAGAAGAUUUAAUGGAAUUACAAACUGCUAAAGGCGGAAGCUUAAAAGGCAAUGUCAAACUGGCUGAUGCCCUACCAUGUAUUUAUAACGUUUUGAAUGCUGGCAAAAAUGAAAUUGAUACCAAAAAAGAUGUUCAACCAGCCAAAAGUAUAGCGACCAUAUUUGAAGAUGUUAAAAAAGAGUAUAAGCUGGCUCAAACGCGAAGAAAUUUCGUUGAUGUUACGAAAGAGAGGCCAAAGUCGGCAGUUGUAUGGGAUCGAUUAGUUAAAACCCUAAAUAACAAAGCAAACUCCAAGAAUCGAAGAACAAUGAAUGCAAAAGUACCUAAAACAUACGAUCAAAUUAAGAAAAUGAUGGAAAAAAUUGAAAAUGGGAGUUCUACAUACAAACAUUACGCGUUGGUGGUCAAAACACCACCUACGAGUAAACUGAUAUUACUUAAAGCUUUAGACCAAGAGGUGCAGGCUACAAUAAAUGUAAUAAACGAAAUAACCCUAUCUUUAAAAGAAUUAGCAAAAUUGCCGGCUGAGAAGUUCGCAGAACUAGAUGAAUUUGUGUCAAAUUUGGUAACUAGUACUAAACUGACCGAGAAAGUCGAUGAAAAAUUAAAAGCAGACGUGAAAAAGUCGAAAAUGAAUACAGAGAACGAAAUAUCUAAAAGUAAGCCGAAGGAGACACAGUACAUUAGAAACGAUGUGCCUCAGAGGGUAGAGAGCGAUAAAAUGAGAAUCAGUAGGGUGCAGAUAGUGAGUCAGUUGAUCAAGAAUCGUUUGCAGGUGUUCCUAAAGACGAAGGAACAACUCAACGAUGAUGUACGAUCUGAUAUGAGCUACAACGUUGCUCGGAAAAUAAUCCACUACCUUGAUACUGGCAAUUUUGACCUCGCAAAUGAAUUAUUCAAAGUGCUUGUGUCGCAAAAGCCAAAUGAUUUUGGAGUAUUUCCGAAUGGUGAUUCUGCAAACGAUAAGUUGAUAGUAACGACAACUCCGAAGUUAGGUGUGAUGUCACUGCGUCGGAUGUCAAUACUUGGCAGGGAGGCCCUACUUCCAGUCGAGGAACCAAGCAGAAGAAAUGAGAAGCACAUCAACUGGGUGAACCAAGACCAUCUGAUCAAACAGCUACUGAACAUGAAGAACAUGGGGUUGUAG